AUGUCGUUUAUGGGUGGCGCCGAGUGCUCAUCCUCAGCCAACCCUCUCAGCCAGUUCCAGAAGCACGUCCAAGAUGACAAGACACUACAACGCGAUCGCCUCGUUGGUCGCGGGCCCGGUGGCCAACUAAAUGGGUUCCGCAGCCAGAGCGCCAACGCUCCCCAAGAUGAGAUGAUGAACGGCUUCCUCAAUGCCGGACCCAAUAUCCAGCAAGAAUUCCCCAUGCAGGGUCCUGCCAUGAACCCCGUCCAACAUGCCCCUAUGCGCGCCAGCUCUACGUCACCGACGUGGGCACACGACUUUAACAGCCAGCCCGGCAUGGAGUCGGCGUUCAAGCCGCCCAGCAAUGCUCACUUCAGCGCAGAAGAGUUUGCCCGCUUCAACAUGAACGGCCAAGGCUCCUCCGCCCGAUCCAGUCCGAUGCAGGCCAACAUGUCGGGCAGCCAGAUGCAGCGCCCCAUGAUGAGCGGCGGUAUGGGUAUGGGCAUGGGCAUGGGCAUGGGGUACGGCAUGGGCGGUUCCAUGAUGCCCAUGUACCAGCAACAACAGCAGAUGCGCAACCAGCAGCAGCAGCAACCGCAAGAUAUCAAGGGUAAGGGCAAGCUCGUGGAGCUCGACGACAGCAAGUGGGAGGAGCAGUUUGCCCAGCUCGAGCUGGAGGACCAGACCGAGGCCGCCGAAAAGGCCAAGGAGAACGAGGAAGCCAGCGCCGCCGAGCGCGAGCUGGAUGAGAUGGACCGGGCGAUCCAGUCCGAAACAAAUGAGUUCGGUGACUUCGAAUCCCUUUGGCGAGGAAUACAAGCUGAGACAGCUGCUGCUAGGUCCAUGGUUCAAGAUGAAUCUCUAUUCGACCAAUUCGAUACCGAGUGGACGAACGAUAUGAUACCCGAUCUCCAAGGCCUCGGAGACUGGGGCCGCUUCGGCGACCCCGUCGUCGAGAACUACAUGUUUGAGCAGGAGAACUUUUUCAAGGACGAGAAGAACGCCUUUGAGGAGGGUGUGCGCGUCAUGAAGGAGGGUGGCAACCUGUCCCUGGCAGCGUUGGCGUUCGAGGCCGCGGUGCAACAGAAUCCGGAGCACGUCGAGGCAUGGGUGUACCUGGGGUCGGCACAGGCGCAAAACGAAAAGGAGACGGCGGCGAUCCGGGCGCUGGAGCAGGCGCUCAAGCACGACCCCAACAACCUAGACGCGCUGAUGGGGCUGGCGGUGUCUUAUACCAACGAGGGCUACGACAGCACGGCAUAUCGGACGCUGGAGCGGUGGCUGUCGGUCAAGUACCCGACGAUCCUAGAUCCCAAGGAUAUCCACCCACCGGCGGACAUGGGCUUCACGGACCGGCAGAUCCUUCACGAGAAGGUGACGGAGCUGUUCAUCCGGGCAGCGCAGCUGAGCCCGGACGGGGAGCACAUGGACCCGGACGUGCAGGUUGGGCUGGGCGUGCUCUUCUACGGGGCCGAGGAGUACGACAAGGCGGUGGACUGCUUCCAGUCGGCGCUGCACUCGUCGGAGCUGGGCACGACAAACCAGCAGGAGCAGCUGCACCUGCUCUGGAACCGUCUCGGCGCGACGCUCGCCAACAGCGGGCGCUCCGAGGAGGCGAUUGCCGCGUACGAGCAGGCGCUGUCGCUGUCGCCCAACUUUGUGCGGGCGCGCUACAACCUGGGCGUCAGCUGCAUCAACAUUAGCUGCCACCAGGAGGCGGCGUGCCACUUCCUGGCGGCGCUGGAGAUGCACAAGUCGAUCGAGAAGUCUGGGCGCAGCAAGGCGUACGAGAUCCUGGGUGAGGGCAGCGCGGCGCAGGUGGACGAGACGCUGGACAGGAUGUCGGCGCAGAACAGGAGCAGCACGCUGUACGAUACCCUGCGGAGGGUGUUUACGCAGAUGGGCCGGAGGGACCUGGCGGAGAAGACGGUGCCGGGCGUGGAUCCGGACGUGUUUCGCUCCGAGUUUGACUUUUAA